GGCCAUUUAUGACCGGAGCGUUUGAAUUAUUGGGCUCAAUCAUGUUCACCUCAGCUAUCUCACUCCCACUGACUCAGAGAGAAAUCACAUUCAAAAGUGAGGCUUGAAGGGAAAGUGGAGACGAGAUGGCAGCGGCGUCGUUCAGGUGGAUACUGCAACUACACAAAGACGUCCCAAGAGCAGCUCGGCUCUACUCGGAGGGACUUGACUUUACUGUUAAUAUCUGCACUCUCCGUUGGGCAGAACUUCAGUCUGGUCCCCUCAAGCUCGCCCUCAUGCAAUCCCCGAGUGACCAUGUCACGCAGAAGGGAUAUUCAUCUUUACUAUCGUUCACAGUGACAGACAUUAAUAGUACAUUCACAAAAUUAAUGGCACUAGGAGCUGAGCUAGACGGUCCCAUCAAAUAUGAGAUUCAUGGAAAGGUUGCAGCCAUGCGGUGUGUCGAUGGUCAUGUGUUAGGCCUAUAUGAACCUGCAUAGCUAACGCAGUCUGCUAGAGCUUUUUUAUUGAGCAAUCUUAAAAUCUUCCGAGGACAUAGAGAAAACAUGAG